CGGAGCAAACUAUAAAUGGAGCAGAGGUGCGUGUUCUACCCUUCCCUCACAAACCCGAUUAGCAAAAAUCUCCCCGCCGCAAUGGGUUCAUCCGGCAACCGUAGCAAGAAGAAAUCGUCUAAGUCCGGCCGACGAUAUUCAGACGAUUCUGAAUCCCCUGCCACAGACUCCGAUUCAAUUUCUCACUCCGACUCCGAUUCAUCUCCGCCGAGUAGCAGUCGCCGCCGCCGAAGCCAAAGCCGAAGUCACAGCCGCAGAUCCAGAACUCAUGAAUAUUCCGACGAAGAGAGCAGCGACGCCGAGCGAAAGAAGAAGAAGAGGAAAAUCACUGAAGAAGAAAUCGCUUUAUAUAUGGCUAAGAAAGCACAGAAGAAGGCUAUGAAAGUAGCGAAGAAGUUGAAACAACAGACAGUUUCUGGUUAUUCAAAUGAUUCAAAUCCAUUCGGAGAUUCAAAUCUGAACGAGAAAUUCGUGUGGAGGAAGAAAAUCGAACGAGACGUCACACGUGGUGUGCCGCUGGAUACCUUCUCGAUGAAGGCAGAGAAGCAAAGGCAGAAAGAACGAAUGGCUGAAAUUGAAAAGGUUAAAAAGAGGAGAGAAGAACGAGCAAUGGAGAAAGCCCAACGCGAAGAGGAAUUACAGUUGUUAGCUAGAGAACGGGCCCGGGCCGAGUUUCAGGACUGGGAGAAGAAGGAAGAAGAGUUUCAUUUUGAUCAGAGUAAAGUUCGGACUGAAAUUCGCCUCCGUCAGGGUCGGGUUAAGCCCAUUGAUGUUCUUAUAAAGCAGUUAGAACCUUCUGGAGAUUUUGAUGUGGAAAUAGAUGAACCUUAUGUUGUGUUUAAAGGUUUAGGUAUAAAAGAAAUGGAAGAACUUGAGGAGGAUAUAAAAUUGCAUAUCGAUUUAGAUAGGGAAACGCCGAUGCAUAUACAGUAUUGGGAGGCGCUUUUGGUGGUGUGUAAUUGGGAAUUAGCUGAAGCUAGGAAAAAGGAAGCUAUGGAUAAAGCGCGAGUGCGCGGAGAGGAAUUACCACCUGAAUUGCUUGCAGAAGAGAGGGGGUUGCAUUCGAGUAUCGAAGCAGAUGUUAAGUCUUUGUUACAAGGUAAAGGGUAUGGUGAGUUAGAGGCGAUGCAGUCGCAGAUUGAGUCGCAAAUGCGAUCUGGUACUGCUAAGGUUGUAGAGUACUGGGAAGCUGUUCUUAAGCGGCUUCAGAUUUUUAAGGCAAAGGCUUGUUUGAGGGAAAUUCACGCGAAAAUGCUGCGCAAACAUCUUGAGCAUCUUGAGAAACCAUUGGAGAGUCGCGAUGUAGAGGUGGAAGAAGAGACAUUGAGGAUUAAUGAGGAAGAUAUGGAGCAUUAUCAAGACGAGGUUAGAGCUAUGUCUCCGGAGCCCUUCUUGAAUGAGGAGGCUAAGGAGAAGGAGGUGGAGGAAGAGGAAGAAGAUGAUGAUGAAGAGGCGGGUUCUUAUUCGCCUGUGUUAAUGCACGGUGAUGACAACGAAGAAGCAGUUGAUCCUGAAGAAGACAGGGCAAUACUUGAGAGGAAACGUAUGGCUGUUUUGGAAGAGAGACGUGCACAAGAUAAGGUUUUGACACCAACUCCCUUAGAAGACAACAACUUUGAGAAGAAAGCAUUUAAAUCUAUGGGAGUGAUGGAGGAAGGGGAUGCAGUAUUUGGCUCAAACGACGAAAUUAAUCUUGAUUCACAAGUGUACUGGUGGCACGACAAGUAUAGGCCGAGGAAACCGAAGUAUUUCAACCGUGUUCAUACUGGUUAUGAAUGGAACAAGUAUAAUCAAACUCAUUAUGAUCACGAUAACCCCCCUCCUAAGAUUGUGCAGGGAUACAAAUUCAAUAUCUUUUAUCCUGAUCUCGUUGACAAAGCAAAAGCUCCAACUUAUGUCAUAGAGAAAGAUGGAGAUAGUGCUGAUACUUGCAUCAUAAAGUUCCAUGCUGGCCCUCCUUAUGAGGAUAUAGCUUUUCGAAUUGUUAACAGGGAAUGGGAGUACUCUCAUAAAAAGGGGUUCAAGUGCAUAUUCGAUCGAGGAAUUCUGCAUCUGUAUUUUAACUUCAAGCGUCACAGAUACCGUCGUUGAUGGGCUUCAAGAAGUAAACACUUUGUUGCAAGGUUCAGCUUUAUGAAUUUCUUGUUUAUGUACUUUUUUAGGUCAGUUUAUAUGUGAUUUGAUUCAUGGAGAAUUUUGUAAACUGGCCAUAAUGUGUGUAAUCCAAAGCUUUGGGCUCUUCUGAUAAACUUAUGCUAAUAGUAAGUGAAGUCACUGUUGCCUGGCAACCUUAUAAGGCUAGCCCUUUCAGUCUUCCUCAUGUUUCUUUGCAUGCACUGUAACUUACAUUAAGCUAGUGAUUUCUAUUUCCUCCAA